GUGCACCGUCGUAGUCGAUGUCCUGCCUCGUUAGCCGUGGCCAGAGUGUCCUUUUCAGUUCACUUCGCAUACUCGUCGUUAGCUGUACACGUCACGGCAGCCACGCACGCAGCCUCAAAAGUCUAAGGAAACGCACAGCAAUCAAAUAUCAAGCAACAGCAGCUGCAACAACAACAAUUGUAGUAACAAACGGCAAGAGCAUAUAUAAAAGCCUUUGCCGGCGGCAAAUAUACGAAUGAGAUUUUAUAUUUGGCAGGCGUACCAAAAUUUUCAAAAGAGCCGCCAAAAGUUCAAUACAAAAAAAAAUAAAAGUUACAAAACGCGGCGCGCGUGUUUGUGUGUACGUGUGACGCAUAUCCUUGUUUAUCCUUGAAAACGUGAAAAAUUACUGUGCAAGUGAAAGGCAGCAUCAAGGCGUUAAGUACGCCGUCUGUGUGUGUGUACGUCUCCCUGUGUGUCACACGCAGCAGCUUAAAAUGUUGCACAGCAAAUUGUCAGCGCAACUGUGAACGCAACUAAAAAGCUGGCAGCGGCAACAGAAUAUAACAACAGAAAAAAGAAGAAGAAUAGUAUAAAAAAAAGUGAAAGUGCCAGGCACCGGAAACGGAAGCAGCAGCAGCAUCAGCAGCCGGGGAAACGAACGAACCAAAAGCGGUAACUGCCAUGUGCUGCAGCUGCAUUGUUGCUUUCUGUUAGCACUUUGACCCAAAUCGCGAGUGUGUGUGUGCGUAAGUGUGAGUGUGUGUUAAAUGCAUGACCGAUAAGCGCAGGUGUCAAUGCCGUGUGACAAAGUUGCCGCGUGAACAGCAGAUAAAAGUCGCGCUAAGCAGGCGAACAUACAAAAAAAAAAAGAGCAGAAAAAUAAAAGAAGUCGCAACACAAACGUGUCACAAGCAUAAAAGUCUAAAGGAUGCUAAGCAGAUAAAUACAAAUCUGUCGCGUGUGUGUGCCUCCAUCUGUGUAUCCCCAAAGUUCUGGAGGCUUGAGUGCAUUUCAACUGCCGCAGCAGCUGCCACAUUUUCAGCCGCAGGAGUCAGCAGUCAGCAGUCAGCAGUUGGCAGUCAGUUAGCAACGGCUUCUAGCAUGUGAGUUUUUGACACCUGUAAAAUCCAUUUUACACCCGUAGGCAGCCACAGUCGCGCGUGGGAAUGCGUCGACUAACUACAUGAUUCAAGCAGAACUUAUUAAGAGAGCAGCGCCAGCAACUGACAAUUCCCCCAGGGGAAGAACGAAAAAGUUGCUAGUGGGAAAAGAUAUUACAUUAAAAGCGAUUCAUCAUCAGCUUGACGCGUGAUUUUUGUUGUUAUUCUUGGAAGAGCAAAAGAAAAACAACAAUAACAACAGUAGCUACAGCAAAUUGAAUGUAAUUUCAUAAAAAGCGAGUGUUAAUUUUUUUCUGUGCAACACAAUAGCAGCAACAAGAAUAACAUGCUCGUGGCUUAAUGUGCUAAUGCGCAGUGACAUGAAAAAUGAUGGAGAACAUGCAAGUUUUGCCCCAACCAAGCAGCCCAACCAAAGGAGCAGCAAACUAGCCAACUUAUAGUAAAGAAAGGAGCCAAACAACAAGCUGCAAAUUUGAUACAUACAAACAACAAGCGAGGCAAAAAGAGUAUAGCAGGGUUAGGUGUUGCGCGUUGUCACUGUGGGUGGAAUCCGAACAACAACUGGCAACAGGACAACACAGGCAACGCAUUGACAAGCGACAACAAAGCGGCGCAAGGAAAUAGAAAAUAGUGGAAAAAAAACAAGCAGGAAGUGGCAAAAGGACUGCAUCGAAGUAGCAACAGAAGCAGCAGAAGCAUCAUUUAUCAGCGCAUCAGCUCAGACAAGAGCCACAACAACAACAAGAACAACAGCAAGCAGCAGACAUAUGUGCGUAAAGUUGUGUUGCCAGUGCUGAAAGGAAACAGCGCGUUCAUUCAAAAAGCCAUUAACCCUAAUAAGCGAGCAACAUCAACAACAACAACUACAAGAAGAACAACAACAGCUACGCAUGGCAUCGAUGUGCCAUUGUGCGGUUUAGUCACAGUUAAAGACGCCAGCCAGCCAAGUUGCCGCAGCUGUGCUGUAGCUGCCACACGCCGACAAUACGUUAAGCGAAGCGCGUGCGUUUUGUUGAGCAGAAGUCUCGUCUGGCCACAAAUGUUGCCACCAGGGCUGCUGAGUUUGCGGCUGCUGCGUUUGCCGCUGCAUUUAAUGGAACUGCGCAUACUAUUGCUCUGCCUGCCCACGCUGCUGCUGGCCACCACGCUCGAGCCAGACCAAAAGUCAAUACUCACAGAUAACGAUUGGAAGAAGCUAUGGACGCGCAAUGGUAUAAAUGCCGACUCAAAAUUGGAUAAUAAUCUCGACUCCAGCGACAGUCCCAUGUUCGAGGACAGCGAGCUGAUGGCGCAUAAUACGACCGUUCAGCUGGGUGGCACCGCCUUUCUCGUCUGCAAGGUCUCCGGCGUGGAUCGAGUGGGUGUAAAUUGGAAUCAAAUAUCUUGGAUACGGCGCCGGGACUGGCACAUAUUAUCCUCGGGCGCCCAGCUCUAUACAAAUGAUGAACGUUUCGCGAUACUCCACACGCCCGGCUCCAACAUGUGGACGCUGCAGAUAAAGUUUGUGCAGCGCCGGGAUCACGGCAUGUACGAGUGCCAGGUCUCCACACCGACUGGCAUCAUUUCGCACUUUGUGAAUCUUCAAGUGGUUGUGCCCGAGGCAUUUAUACUUGGCUCCGGUGAACUGCAUGUCGAUAUGGGCUCAACAAUCAAUUUGGUUUGCAUUAUUGAGAAGAGUCCAACACCACCGCAGUACGUGUACUGGCAGAAAAACGAUCGUCUCAUCAACUACUAUGACUCCAGGCGGGACAUAUCCAUUGAGACGACACCGGGUCCCCGCACCCAGAGCCGUCUUAUCAUACGCGAGCCCCAAAUCACCGAUUCCGGCAACUACACCUGCUCCGCCAGCAACACCGAGCCAGCUAGCAUUUAUGUCUUUGUAUCAAAAGGCGACAACAUGGCGGCCAUCUCGAGGCGUAAGACUUCCUCGGCCGAUCGCAUCACGCACAUAUUUAGGUCGAUGCUGGCGCCCUGUCUGCUGCUAAAUACGGUCGUUGUUAGACGCAUUUUCUUGACCUAAGCACCUACAAUACCACACAGAAAUAUAGCGCGAAAAAAACAAAAUGGAAUAUACAAAUAUAAAUAAUAUAAAUAUAUACAUAGUAAAGUAUGAAAAUCCUAUUUAAGCUAUUUCAUUGUUAGAACUUAACAACAACAACAAUAACAAA